AUGGCACCGCUAGUUGAUUACUUGGCUUCUGACGGCUUUGUACAUUAUGAUCCAUUUCCACAGGAGCCGCACCUGAGUGAGGGCCUUUACUGCACAAAGAAGCUAGGUGUCGACGGGGAAUUGAGGCUCGUGGAGCUUCGCUACUGGGACACUAACCAAUUAGAGGUGCACAUGUACUGCCGUCGAGAGUCCCAUAGAUUGCGCUUCCUGACAUGGAACAAGGCAUAUACGAUGUUCCCUUACGAGGCCUUCGUCAAAGAGACAUGUCAUCUGACUGGCUCAGACGACGACGAACUUCGGCAUUAUAUAUCGAAGGCACAGGACCUACAAGAAGACGUGAACAGUUACUGGACUGACGGGGUACUGGAUGUGGAAAUGGAUGGGCCAAGCAACAUAUUGCGCAGAAUAGGAGAUUCGCAGACCUGGAUACUCGAUCUCGACACUGCCGGUGUCGCAAUACCUGAGACGCCUGACACCAUACUUGAGUCUUCCAGUUUCGAGCUUCGACGUUCCUCUUCACCGUUUGUAUACAGUGCUUUCACCGAUCCGCUGGCCAGCAAGGAUGAAUAUCCGAGAUAUGAUCAGCUAUAUGAGGACCUCAGCCAUGCAGUCCUCAAGUAUCGGUACCUGAUACCACCAGGUACUGGCCCUUCGGUAAUGAACAAGAAAUGCGAUGCUAUUCUCAAGAAGUUGGAUCGCUUGACACGGGUCGAGCUGGAGAAGAUACCAGGAGCAGAACGUCCGUCGGCAUAUUACGAAUUCGAGAGAGGAGAAUUGAAAGCUAAGCACGUGCGAGAUACUUUCACGCUUCAGGGGUUCACACUCCCAGCCACAUGGACAUUCUACGACGAAGAGAUUCUGGCGGAUUUGAAUGAUGCAUGGGAGAGUCGCGACGAGGUUUGGGUCCAGGAUGAAGGUCAGAAGACAGCAGAAUGCGAACAUGAAGCGGAGGGAGUGGUCGCGAGCGACGAGAACAACGUCGGUGGUUAG